UGCUGUGUCACCUCCGACGCGGCAUGCAAGCGCUACACUAAGUACAGGCUGCCGGUGCUGGAGUCCCUCCUCUGCCGCGAGACGGAGGAGUACGACCUCCGCCAUGUGAGGCGCUCCGACACGAGGCUCCUUCCGGUGAAGAGGGAUAGGGAGUCCGGCGACCUCCCCGCACCUCAAGAUCGAGCCGGGGGAGGACCGCUCGCGCGACCGCAGCGUCAUCGGGCCGGAGGACUACCUCGUCGGGCCUGACGCGGAUGCCUUUGAGGCAGCGUUCACUGAGCACACUACACGCGAGCAGGAGGAGGAGGACGCGUGUCGCCGGCGGGACGACGAGCUCAGCGACCUCCUCUUCGAGCAGGCGCUCACCGCCGACCGCGAGCUCCACGAGAAGCUAGCCGCAUGGCGUCGCGAGCAAGAGUAGGACAAGAAAUACGUCAACCUUGUUUCCUCCGACUACGACUCCGAUGAGUGAGUGCCCCCGCCGCACCCGGAGAGCUCCGGCGAGCUCAGAUUUUGCUUAGUUAGGGUACGGAGCACGUAAAUAAAAAUCCGAGCACGUAAAGCCUUGUCGCAUUUACUAAAUACUCCACUGGAGAUGGAGAAAAAGUAUCACCAUUGUGAUUGCUAGGUGAGUACUUAAAAUCUGAUUUAUGGUAUCUUUUGCAGCAUACUGAUGGCACAUUGUUUUUUUCCUAAAAGAGAAUGCGUGUUGUCUUUUUCUUUUUUUGAGGAAAAAAGAAAGCGAAUGCGUGUGUGCCUUGAGUGUUCCGGGCCGAAUUGACGUCAAUGGGCUUGACUUCGUGGGCUUCUUCAAAUGGGCUUGACUUCAAUCUCAUCUCAGUUGGACUGGCUGUGUCGCCUAGGUCACCCGCACUCCAACCAUUCCACUAGUGUGGCGGCUGCUUCACCCAUUCCCCCCUCCCGCACGAGUUGUAAGGUGGGCGAGAUGUUGCCGCCGGCGGCGGCGGCGCCGCUGGACGACGAAAACCUACUCAGCGAGAUCCUCCUCCGCCACCCGCCGCUCCCGUCCUCCCUUCCCCGCGCAUCCCUCGUCUGCAAGCGCUGGCGCAGCAUCUUAUACGACACCCGCUUUCUCCGCCGCUUCCGGCUCCACCACCGCCGCAGCCCUCCCCUCCUCGGCUGCUUCGACAAAGGCCUGGACGCCAUCUCCUUCACACCUACCAUGGAUUCCCCCGAUUGUGUACCCACCGCGCGCUUCUCCUUACAGCUCGACUACAGCUCCGACUUCUUGCUUCUCAGCUGCCGCCAUGGCCUUGUGCGCAUCUCCUUCGCGAUGCGGAGGCAAGCCGUGGUGUGGGACCCCGUCACCGGCGACCAGCACCGCCUUGCCGUUCCCCCAGGGUUCGACCAUGUUGCAAGCCGGAUCCACGGGGCGGUGCUUCGCGCUGCCGGCGAGGUCCACCACUUCCAGGUGGUCUUGGUAGAGGCCGCCACUGACGGCGCACAACAUAUGCGGUUGCUCGCCUGCGUUUACUCCUCAGAGACUGGCGCAUGGGGCAAUCUCAUUUCAACAUCGGUUCGGGGUGCUUUCAUUUACACUAUGUUUACGAGAAUGCCGGGUUUGCUCAUUGGGAAUUCCCUUUACUGGCUGUUUGAGGCAAACCACUUGGCUGUGAUUCUUGAGUUUGAUUUGGAGAAGCAGAGCCUAGUGGCGAUGCAAGCGCCAACGGAUAUUGAGAACAACCUCACAGUUAUGCGGGCUGAUGAUGGUGGGCUCGGUUUACUCUCCAUCUCAGGCUUCACCGCCAAAUUAUGGAAGAGAAAGACUGAUCGGAAUGGUGUUGCAUCAUGGUGGGUUGGAAGAACUAUUGAGGUGGACAAGCUACUUUCCCCGAGUUCAGAGAAGCCGAGAAAACGCCUAUCCGUAAUAGGGUUUGCAGAGGAAAAUAAUACGGUGUUCCUGCCAGCAGUUGAUGGUGUCCUCAUGGUCCAGCUUGAAUCAUUGCAAUUCAGGAAACUUAAUGUGUCCAACAACAAGCUUUGGCUUCAUCCGUUCAAAAGUGUCUAUACUGGAGGUACCUAGAUUUGUAUUCUGGUUGCCGAGAUGCAGGAAUUGGCUUCUUCAAUGUGAGUUCAUCAAUUUUGUAUGCUUCACUGUUCAUGCGAAGAUCAACGGUCUAUGUUGCAUGCAUGGUCAACUUGAAAUUGGAAUAGUAGGAUUAAUCGUUCAUUGCUAAACUCCCUCUGCUAUCUUAUUUCUGGACACAAUUAGCCAACUGGCUUGUGUGUGUGUGUUCAUCUUCUCUCUGUUGCCGUUUGAUUAUGUUCUGUGUUGUAUUAGAUCCGGAGAUUUGACAUUGUAUUCCUACUUAUGUCCAAUUUGUGCGUGUGUUUCUGUUGA